AUGUUCAUGGACGGGGCGCAGGCCGACCUGCUCCAGCGCAUGGAGCGCACCCUUCAGGAGGCCAUCGGGGGCCACGCGAGGGUCCAAGCGCGCGCGAAGUGGCUGACGGGGAAGCCGGAGGGACGAGCGAAGGAGCACAUCUUCUGGAACGACAACACAGGGGCGUGGCAAGACACGGACCCGGGCUCCGCGCCCUGUCUCGGCGACCACGGGGAGACGUGGUGGGAGAUCGCCCUGGACAAGCACGGCACGAUCAGGCAGAACGUCGACAGUCUAGGCCAGCGGUAUGCUUGGGUCGAGGUCUGGGACGACAGGCGGCACCGGCCGUUCUACCAACACCGACGCAUGCACUACAGCAGCAUCGACCGCCCGGUGGAUCUGGCGUGGCGCCGCGUCAACAUGGAGGACGUGUCGAACGUGGAGGACGCGGACAUGCCGUACUCGCCCUUCGGCAUCAGCAUGUAG